CGUGGACAGAUUUUCUGGGAUUUUGAAAUCCAACGUCUGCAUUUAUUGCGAUUUGUCCAGUACGCACCCUCUGAUAUGGCUUCACAAGGCAAUGAGAAUGCUGCCGCAGCAGCAACUGGCGGUGCGAACACCAUUGCUCCAGCAGAGGCGCCCAAACGUUCACCAUGGAAGGCGUGGAUGUAUCUUUGGGAAUGGUACCCGAAGCAUUAUCCAGAGGAAGAACGAAAGCUUCUGCGCAAGAUGGACGCAUGCUUGUUGACGUUCUGUUCUUUCAUGUUCUUCCUCAAAUGGCUGGAUUCGUCAAAUAUCAACAAUGCAUACGUCUCCGGCAUGAAAGAAGAACUCCAUUUGAACGGCAACCAGUACUCCCUUUUUGGAACAUUCUACAACCUGGGAUAUUUGGUAUUCCAGAUCCCAUCAUUGUUGCUCCUCUCUCGGCCUAAAAUUGCCAAAUACUACCUCCCGACCAUGGAGGUCCUGUGGUCAAUCGUCACGUUCUGUCAAUCGCAAAUGCGCAACGAGCGCGACAUUUACGGUACUCGAUUCCUCCUCGGUCUUCUGGAAACCCCGGUUGCGUCUGGCACCACAUACGUACUUGGAUCCUGGUAUAAACCUGAAGAAGUUUUCAAACGGACUGGCGUUUGGUUCGUAUCGAACAACAUCGCCGUUAUGUUCGGUGGCUACUUGCAGGCGGCCGCGUACAAGAACCUCAAUGGAGUAGGAGGAAUGGCUGGAUGGAGGUGGUUGUUCAUUAUCGACGGUGUCAUAUCACUUCCAAUUGCAUUCGCAGGCUACUUGAUAUUCCCGGGGCUACCAUCAAGUAAGAAGCCAUGGUGGUUGACUGAGGACCAGCACAUGCUGGCAAGAAGGAGAGUUGCCGAAAUCGGUACUGAGCCAAGUCGGAAAUUGGACUGGAGCGUGAUUCGGCGGACCUUGAGGCGAUGGGAGUUUUACGUUGGCGUUACGGCAUACACAUUCUUCCUAUCGUCCUCAUAUCCUCAUGGCCAGAUGGCCCUAUGGCUCAAGGACCAAACAGCAAAAUUCGGCACAUACUCCAUCCCACAAAUCAACACCAUCCCGACCGGUGCUCAAGGUGUUUCUGUCAUCACCGCUCUUCUAGCAACAUCACUGUGCAUGAUAUACCCUCUGUGGGCCAUAUUUUCUAUUGUUCAGACGAUCUAUAUGAUAGCCAAUAUCCUUUUGUUGGUAUGGGUUAUUCCUAAAGGCUUGCACUGCAAAGUUGCUUGUUAUUAUCUUCUAGGGACCUCAGCUGCGGUUACGCCAAUAUUGAUGCCAUUCAUCAAUAUGGCGCUCCGAGAUGAUUCUGAAGCACGUGCAGUGACUGUUGGCGCAAUGUUGACUGCUGGAUGGGCAGUGUUCUCAUUUUAUCCUAUCACUGUAUUCCCAGUUCUUGAAGCUCCACGAUGGACAAAGGGUUACUCUGUGAAUAUCGCAUUCGUCUUCUUCACGUGGUUCUUCUUCCUGGUAGGCCAGUAUCUUUAUCGAAGGGAUGAGAAGAAGAGAGAGCGAAUGGCACUUGCACAGAGAGCAGAUGAAGAAGACGUUCUCAAUCUUAAAGAUAAGGCUGUUGGUGAGGUCGUUGAGCAUGUCGAAGAGAGGAAGUAG